GGUUCCAGGGCAUGCUAAUGAGGGGCUGGUCGCCGCCGCCCAUUGGCCGGCCGCGGAGUGUCGGUGAAGUCAGCUCGGAGUAGCAGAAAAACAGAGCGGGGCUGACUGCAGCGUGGAGCGCGAGCCGGGCUGGACGCGCGCAGCCCUCGCCGGAGACCCGCGAGGAAUUGGCAUCCACUGGAAGAAUCUGCAAGCCUCUCUCUGCCCAGAGCUCCAGGACCAAUGUGUCUUCCCACUACCAUAAACCACUGAGCCAUCCCGAGCUGCAGCUGUAGAGGACUUGCCCUCCAGCAGCAUGAGUUCUGAAUGUGAUGUUGGAAGCUCUAAAACUGUUGUGAAUGGCUUGGUACCUGGCAGCCAUGGGCAAGACAAAGCAACCGCCGACCCUUUCCGCACUCGUUCUGUUUCUGCUGUUCAAAUCAUUCCUGUGAAGACAGUGAAAAGCCCUUCAGGGCUAGUACUCCCUCCAGACAUGGACCCUACAAAAAUCUGCACUGGAAAAGGAACAGUGACUCUUCGAGCCUCCUCUUCCUACAGGGAAUCCCCAAGCAGCAGCCCUGUGAGCCCUCAGGAAUCUCCGAAGCAUGAAAGCAAGUCAGGCCUGGAGCCAGAGGACCCUUCAGCAGAUGAGUGGAGACUUUCUGCCAGUGCCGAUGCCAAUGGUAACGCCCAGCCCUCCCCACUUGCUGCCAAGGGCUAUAGAAGUGUGCAUCCCAGCCUUUCUACUGACAAGCCCCAGGAUGCCACCUCCUCCAGCCCAGCCCCGUCUGAGAGGCGGCCCCACCACAGCCAGCCAGCCAGUGCUUGUGGCUCCCUCCCCCCUGCUAGCCAGAGGCCACCACCCUCACCACCACCUCCGCUGGUCCCUCCCAUACCGGAGGACAUCCACAGAGGCUUGGAGCCUGACCUCCCGGGAGCUGUCUCAAGUACCGGCAGUCCUUUACUAAAUGAAGUUUCUUCUUCCCAUAUUGAAACUGAUUCCCAAGCCUUCCUUCCAACAAGCAAACCGUCAUCUGCCUACCCCUCCACCACAAUCGUCAACCCCACCAUUGUGCUCCUACAGCACAAUCGAGAACAGCAAAAACGGCUCAGUAGUCUUUCAGAUCCUGCCUCAGAGAGAAGAGUGGGUGAGCAGGACUCAGUGCCAACCCCGGCAGAACUCCCCUCGCCUAGCAGGGCUGCUGAGAGGAGAGUUAAAGAUGACAGCAGGCGGGUGGUGAAGAGUGCACAGGACCUCAGCAAUGUGUCUAUGGAUGAAGUGGGCAUCCCACUGCGGAAUACCGAGAGAUCGAAAGACUGGUACAAAACCAUGUUUAAACAGAUCCACAAGCUGAACAGAGACACUCCUGAAGAAAACCCUUAUUUCCCUACGUACAAAUUCCCUGAACUUCCUGAAAUCCUGCAAAAUUCUGAAGAGGACAAUCCUUAUACUCCUACCUACCAGUUUCCUGCAACUACUCCUAGUCCUAAGUCUGAAGAUGACGACUCUGAUCUGCCCUCUCCUCGAUACUCCUUUUCUGAAGACGCAAAGUCUCCCCUUUCUGUGCCUCGUUCAAAGAGUGAGAUGAACUACAUUGACGGGGAGAAAGUAGUGAAGAGGUCGGCCACACUCCCCCUCCCAGCCCGCUCCUCCUCACUGAAGUCCAGCCCAGAGAGAAACGACUGGGAGCCCCCAGAUAAGAAAGUGGAUACAAGAAAAUACCGAGCAGAACCCAAAAGCAUUUACGAGUAUCAGCCGGGCAAGUCUUCCGUUCUGACCAGUGAGAAGAUGAGUCGGGAUAUAAGCCCAGAAGAGAUAGAUUUAAAGAAUGAACCUUGGUAUAAAUUCUUUUCGGAAUUGGAGUUUGGGAAACCGCCUCCCAAAAAGAUAUGGGACUAUACUCCUGGAGACUGCUCUAUCCUUCCUAGAGAGGAUAGAAAGACUAAUCUAGAAAAAGAUCUCAGCUUCUGCCAAGCAGAGUUAGAGGCAGAUUUAGAGAAAGUGGAGACGGUUAAUAAGUCACCCAGUGCAAACUCGCCACAGAGCUCAGCAGUCAGCCCGACUCCAGAUGUUACAUCAGAGCCUCCUGGAUAUAUAUACUCUUCUAACUUCCAUGCAGUGAAGAGAGAACCAGAUGGGACCCCCGGGGUUCUUGCUAGCUUGGAGAAUGAGAGGCAGAUUUAUAAAAGUGUCUUGGAAGGUGGUGACAUCCCUCUUCAGGGCCUGAGUGGGCUCAAGCGACCCUCCAGCUCAGCUUCCACUAAAGAUUCGGAGUCACCACGACAUUUUAUACCAGCUGAUUACUUGGAGUCCACAGAAGAAUUUAUCCGGAGACGACAUGAUGAUAAAGAGAUGAGACCUGCCCGAGCCAAAUUUGACUUUAAAGCCCAGACGCUGAAGGAGCUGCCUCUGCAGAAAGGGGACAUUGUUUACAUCUACAAACAGAUUGAUCAGAACUGGUACGAAGGUGAACACCAUGGCCGGGUGGGAAUCUUCCCACGCACCUAUAUCGAGCUUCUGCCUCCAGCUGAGAAGGCUCAGCCCAGAAAGUUGGCACCUGUGCAGGUUUUGGAGUAUGGAGAAGCCGUUGCUAAGUUUAACUUUAAUGGUGAUACACAAGUAGAAAUGUCCUUCCGAAAGGGUGAGAGGAUCACACUGCUCCGCCAGGUGGAUGAGAACUGGUAUGAAGGGAGGAUCCCUGGGACGUCCCGCCAAGGCAUCUUCCCCAUCACCUAUGUAGACGUGCUUAAGAGGCCGUGGGUGAAAAACCCUGGGGGUUACAUCGACCUGCCUUAUUCUUCCUCCCCGAGUCGCAGUGCCGCUGCGAGCCCACAGUGUACUAGUCACAGCAAGCUCAUCAUGCCAGCCCCUUCAUCUCUACCCCACCCCCGCCGAGCCCUGUCCCCUGAGAUGCACGCCAUCACCUCCGAGUGGAUCUCGCUGACUGUUGGGGUCCCAGGCAGGCGUUCUCUGGCCAUGACACCACCCUUGCCUCCUCUGCCUGAGGCUUCUGUCUAUGACACGGACCACUUGACCUUGUCAGCGAGGGCCCAUCCCUCCCUGCCACUCAGCCUCCCCUAUUCAGGUCGGUCAGCGGAUUCCCCGCUGGCCCUGCCUCCACCCCACAAAGCCUACUCCCUGGCACCCAGUGCCCAGGCUCCUCUUCACGUCAAUGGAGAUGGUGGUGUUCACAUCCACCAAGAUGGCUUCUCUCAGCCACCACUUGGGAACUCUGAUAGGGUCAUCUCAGAGCUUAGUGGUGCCUUUAGCAGCCAGAGCAAGAGACAGCCCUGGCGAGAAGAUGGACCUUAUGAGAGGAAAGCAGAGAGCGAGGCAGGGGAGAGAUGCCCUGGUGGACCCAAGAUCUCUAAGAAGAGCUGCUUGAAACCAUCAGACGUGGUCAGGUGCCUGAGUUCUGAGCAGAGACUCUCAGAGUUCCACACUCCUGAUCACAGCCAGUCCUUCAAGCCUCUGGGUAGCCCUUUCCCAGCAUGGGAGGCUGGGCCACCAGAGCUUCACAGAGGUAUCGAGGCUGACAGAAAGGCUGCUCAGAGUGGUGUGAGCCAGGUAGGCCUCAAGCAUGACUGGCGGUGUCUGGGCCUCUUGCUUUCCAUGGUGGAACAUACCAGAUAUUUCACCCCUGGUCCAGUAACUGAGGCCAAGUGGGUGCCUGUGAGAUUUGUUUGCCUGCCUUGGAAACGAAGGGGUGGCCAAGAGGGAAUGGAGGAGCUGAGGACUAGGGUGUUGGCUGGGGAUAGUUCAGGGAAACAUAUUCCACCCUCUUGAGAUGAGUUGAAAGCAGAUGUCCACUGACAUCUGCUACCCUGGUACAAAAGCCCAUAAGCAGGAAUGCCUUCCUUGUGUGCCAUUCAUGUCCUAGAUCUUGUCCUUGAUUUGCUUUGACUAACACAGCUGAGAACACCAGGCUUUGGUGUGAUGUGGUGUGGUUUUCUUGUGAGAUGCACUGUUUCCAUAACUUGUGGCGCUCAAUUUUGUCGGGUCUUUGUCUUGUUUUGUGUUUGUGUGGAACUAAAGGGCCAUGUUUACAGUGGGCAAAGACAUUUUGGUUCUUCAGAGAUGGGAGGAUGCAGGAUGGAGGGGCUUCUGAUGUGCUUGAGGUCACUGACUAGGCCUCAUAGGUUUUGAAUGAUGGUUCUUCUGAGUGAACUACAAAGAUUUUAGUGGAUAAGCCAAGGUAGACUUAGGGCGUUUUGAAGGGACAUUAAUUUGAUAACUAGACAAUUUUGCCUAUGUCAUUUAGUACCCUCAAAUCAAGGACUUUGGGCAACAUUUCCAUAGUAACCAAAUUUGAGUACCAACUCCGUCUAACUGCCGUUAUGGAAAUUGUUCACCCUCUUAGAGACUCGGUUUCUGACUUUUGAAAUGAAGAUAACCUCCCUCCUAGCGUGGUCCAGAAAAUUUUUUUAAAUAAUGCAUGCAGGUAUUAGGCACGGGCAAUUUGUAAGAAGAUGAUAGAACUACCAGGUUAGGUAUUCUAAAACUUCUUCUAGGACCAGGGACAUUGUAGAACCUCAGUAGAAUCCAGUGCUUUCCUGAGCUGUCUUGAAGCUGUUUAUCAUCCGUUGUAUAUAUAGUCCCCACAGUGCACUGUGCUCCUUCUCAAACCUUCAGUCCUGUUUUCCCUGGAAGCUCUGUUUGCUUUGUGAGUAUAAUUCAAGGCGUGCUGCUUGAUUUAUUUGGUCUGUGGGUAGGGUCCAGAGGUUGUUAAAUCCCUUUCUUGAGGAGCUCAUAUCCAGUGACAGUGGCAGACAUAGUUAUGUCACCAGGCUAGUAAUGGACACAGAGGCAUGAGACAUACCAGGUCAGACCCCCACAUGCCUGUGUGUCUGGUGUGGAGAUCACUGAGGGUGAUCAAGUGUGCGGUAGUUUAUGUGGAAUUGGGCUUAGAUAACAGAAAGUUAGCAAGCACUACAUCCUUACCCCACCCCCACCCCCAUCUGCCCACCAUACUUGCUCAUGUAUAAAGUAGGGGUAGAAGCAGACAGUCCAUCCCUCCCUGGAAGGGCUGUUGUGGUGAUUAAUAAAAUAGUGGCUAUCACUAGAGUACUUGGCACAUGGUCAGUCUCUGUUAGACAAGGGCUUCCUGCGAUGGCUGCUGUACAUGGUUGUCCCAUCUCUCAGUAUGGGGCUCUGGGGCAGGUGCUCCUGACCUGUGAAUUCUGAAGAAAAGUGUCUGUCUGAGUAAGAGGGGAAAAAAAAAAUAGUUCACUGAAAGAGGUUGUGGAGUUGCUGGUUGAAAAGAAUGAAAUGUCUGACAAAGGAGCAGUUCACAGAUCAACCUAAGGUGCCUGGAGGCCUCCUGAUUGCCAGGGGUGAGUCAUCACCACAGUCUGUUCCAGGAGUCAGUGUGUGCAGGAAGUGCGCACAGAACUGAAGCACCAAUGAGGUUCAGGGUGCCUGCUUCCUGCUUCCUACCAAGGACAGAGCAGACUAGCUGGCAACACCAGAGACUGUGCUGAUUGGAAGGCCAGGCUUGUUGAGGAUUGGCUCUCCUUUCCUGGCGAGUCUCUGGACACCAGGUAUAUCACUUCCUGUUCCUCCCUUCCUCCUGCUUUCCUGGCACAAGCCCUUUUCCUGUGGCUAUGUAGGAGCCAUGGUCUGGUUGACUCCUUUUGAGAAUGAAUGAUGUCUAGAAGGGCAGAUGUAUCCAUGCAUGCUUUUCAGCUUCUCACUUCACCCAAGGCAGCUCUGGGGAUGGGUCCUUCAUAAAGGGCUCGGUCCUCUUGGGGCCUAUUUGGCUGACAGGCCAGCUAAAGAUGGAAAGGACUUACUUCAUCAUCUGAUCUCUAGUGGCUCUGUCAGGACAUGACCUCAGGCUAUGUCCCUUGUUUGGGUAAAUGCAUUCCAGUAUCGAGAACUUGCCAGCCGCCCUUCCCCUUGCUGAGCCCCAAGUUCCGUACGUACUUUUGUAGGACUGAGGGACUUGGUUGGGCAUCUGACCAGUAAACAGAACAUUAAGUGAAAGGGCUGUCCAAGAUGUUGUGACCAUUUACUCCUUCUUCUAAAUAUCUAGUAUCCAGCAGUGUGCUAAGUGCCGUGGAGCUAAGUGCCUUGGAGCCAAGAGGCUUGGACAUCACUGCAGACUUCCUGUACCUCUCAGGAAAGUCUUUCCUCCCAGGCCUGGAAGGCUCCCUAGUAAAAUGGCCAUUUAGACAACAAGGCAGCCUCAUCUUUCAAAGUCUCCCCAGCUUUUGUGCCUGGAUAUGUUCCUGUUUGUCCUUCACAAUUUCCUUUUCCUAGCCUUUCCUAGCUACCUCUCCAACCUCUGCACUACUAGUUAAAGAGCUCUGAGCCUGACCUCUGUGAGCACACCUUUGCUCAAAUGCAUUUGUUCCUGUGCAGGCCUGUGUCCCCACAGAGCACUGAAUCCCUACAGCAGGGCCUGACACCUGAUAUAUGGAAUGUGCUCAGUAAAUAUUGGUCGAAUGAAAGAAAAGAUUGAAAAAAACAACUGAGCAGAACUAGAAGAGUUUAUGAUAUUGACUGUGGAGUCAGCCCUAUUCACAAGUACUUACAAUGCAGAAGUGAGAAACACAGACAGUCUAUCCUGGAAGUUCAAGAUGGGAAGACAUAAUAAACGUAGGAGGAGGAAGGUGAUUGCAAGUAGCAUUUGUUGUGGGUUUUAAAGAAUAGGGGGUUUUCCUAUUGAUACAGUGGGAUGGUGAUUGAUAACCAAAGGCCCAGAGGUGAGAAGUACAAAGUGUAUAUGAAGAAGGGUAUGUUCCUGGAUUCAGUAAGCUUUGGAUGUACCUACAGAUCCAUAGAGCAGUGGGAUCUUGCCAGGGAGACUGGGAACAUAGCUUGACCUAUGCCUGCCUGUGCCUCCAGCAUUCGCCAUACCCCUUAACAUGACAGAAGCCAUCUUCCUGUGUUCCUUGACCCAAGUUCCCUGCUCAGCUGCUUUCCUUCCCCUGGGUCACCUGCCCCCAUCCCAACUGUCCAGAUGUGUGAACUCUUGCAGAAGAUGCUUUGACAUCUUGGUCAUUUCUACUGUCAGAAUGUCUUCACUUUGGGCCAGCUGCUUGUGUUUUUAGUUUGUUUUCUCUAAACUGCAGAAGGGAUAAAUCAGUGCCAGGGUCUCCAGGGCAAGAACAUUGGUCUCCAGGUUCUGGUUCUGGCUGUGCCAUCAGUUGGCUGAGUGUCUGUGGAUGAGUCACAUCUCCUUGCCGGCAAACUUCCUUGUCCAUAAACAAAAAGAUGCAGAUGUGGGAACUGAACUUCCUUUCAGCUGUGGCAUUCUGUAAUGGGGUGAGGAUCCCGUGUGAGUUUCAGUUGGAAUGAGAAAGAACAUAUAAAAUGUUGACUAUGGGCUUUACUAUAGAGCUGCAUAGCUUCACCACUGAAAGACACUUUGCUUUGACUGGUUUGUGAGUAACAACUGUUGGCUGGACAAAAGCACACCUAGGUACACACAAAACACCCAGGAGGUCAGGAUUAACUGGCAUGGUCUUAGCUUCGGUUUGGUGUAAUGUUGGCUAAUACUCUGUAGAACAACCAAUUUAGAAAGUAAAGGUGGAGAUCAUGUGGGAAAUCUUGGUCAUUAGCACCACCGAGUAUUUACUACCUCUCCCCAAGGGAGAAGUAGUUUGCUGACUGAAAUCUGGAUUUGUGUCUAAUAGUGCUUGACAUUUGUGAGAAACCUCAUCGAAUUUCUAUGUUAAACCCCUGAAUCCCUGUGAUCCCAGAAGUCAGGUAGUAGAGGCAGGAGGAUCACAGAGAGGAAAGGAGCAAUUUAGCUGGAGACAGAGAGAUGUGCUAUGGUAGCCAUGUGGGAACUAACUAAGUCAGUUCCCAGAAAGCUAAGAACAAAGGCAGGGGACUGCCUGGAGAAUAGAACUCAGAAAUGAACGGGAAACAUGAGAUGUAAGAGCAAAAGGGAAGUUAGAAACAUUAAGAUCACAUGCAGAAGAAAUAUUAAGAUGUUCAAAGAUGGAAAAUGCUUUGAACAUUCCUUUGACUCAUUCAGAAGGGAAGUCUCUAAUCAUACCCAGCGAAUGUUAAUGAUUUAUGAGAAAAAGAGACACUGGACACUGUUCUUACAAAAUAACCUGCAAGUUUUCUCUCACCAAGACUAGAAGCCGCAGUGUCCACCCCUACCUACUGUGUUACCCAAAGAAAUGGGGCACAUCUGUGAAAUCCAGGUGCCAGCAGCAGAGCACUGGAGAGGUGACCUUUCCCCCAGCACUUCCCUGCAUUUGACUAGCUCAGUGGUUGUGAAGUCGCCCUCUGGCAAGACACCUACAGGAUCGAGGAGUAGGGGGGUGAAUGUGCAGAACUUAGAGUCCAGGAAACAGAUGGCCAGAUAGACUGGAGAUAGCACACUUACCACAGACCACGUAACUGGGACUCAGCUCAGGCAGUGACUCUUGUGUGAUGCUGAGGAAGCAGGAAGAAGACAAAAAAUGCCUUUCCACCCAUGAGAAGAAGGUGGCCACUGGGGGUGGGAGGCAAAGGUCAGGGAUGGGAGACUCAUUUUGUUUGGAUUGUAUCAAUAAGAACUUAGGAAUCUGGAGGCCAACAAGAUGCCUUAGUGGGUAAUAAAGGCAUGGGCCACCAAGCCUGAUGAGCUGAGUUCGAGCCCCAGGACCAUGUGGUGGAAGGAGAGAACUGGCUCCUGACAGCUGCCCUCUUUCACAUGCAUAUCAUGGUACGUGCAGUCCCCUCAACCAGUGUAAUCUUAAUUUUUUAAAAAAAAUUAGAACACAUGGGAUUUGUAUUUGACACAUUAAUGCCUCCCUUUAUUCUCUUUUGUUGUGAAGAAAAAAGCAUGAGGUACCCUGGGAAUGCCUUCCAAUUCUUCACACCUGAGCCAUACCCCUGCCAUCUCCCCUAAUAUGACAGAAAUGGGGAAGGUAGACUCAUUAUUUGCCAUGAGAACACUGAGUGUUCUGAGCAUUAGAAACAGAUUCAAGUGGCAAUCAAGUCAAUGUGUUGUCCCAUGGUUUGUCUGCAAGGAGAGUUAGUCUAAGCAGUGAGGAGCCCAAGGGAUUGCCAGUAGCUAGCUUUAUAUUGAAAUUGCCAUCUUUUUCUAGUUGGAUGUUGUUGGAGAACUCCGUGGAGCCAGAAGCCUUUUUGCUGGCUCUCUGGAGGUUUCCUGAAGCAGAAACUCAGGAGCCUGCAUCAUCCAGGCCUCCCUACUCUGCUGGCAGAGUUGCCCAUGUUCCAUGAACAGUCAGUCAGUCUUGUGUCACUGACCUUGGGCAGCAGCUCAUCUCCCACAUUUACAGAAGUGAGCUCUCCAUCUGUGUCUAGAGGCUGUGACCUAAUAAGUAGAGGAAGCUGCCUCUUCCCAGCCAUGUCUGUGCACCCAUUCCUAAUUACUAAUUCAUAAGAUGGGCUCACCCCAAUCAUAGAGCGAGGGCCAAAAAAGAACAUUAUGAACCACGCACAACCCUACUGUUUAUUUUGGAAUUUGAAAUCUUUGCUCAGAAGAUGGUCAGUGUCAGGGCUCAGGUUGUUCAUUGUCCCAUUAGGAAGCCAGUGCAGGUGGCCAUAAUGUGGGGUGGAAUCUGAGGAGGCACAGGGCCUGACAUUGCUAGAGCAUUGCCAUUUCAGAGACUCGGGUCCGGUGGCCUAUCCACAGAACAGCAGAUUCCUGAUGUUCAUGUGGGGGCCCGCCCGGGCCACACAGGAACUGUGUGUCUCUCCCAUCUACCCCUCCAGGCUGCUCUAGCUUGUGUGUAGCUUAUUUUGGACUUUAGCCUUUGGCACACCCCCAGAACUGGAACAGGAUGCUUAGUAACUGCAGGAGCACCAGGUGCUUUCUGGGUCCAGAGGGGAUUAACAGCUCCAGGGAAGCUAAGGUCAGGUUUCCAACGGACUCCAAGCUGAAGACAGACUAUAGGGAAGCAGAGCAAGGACACACACAGUGUUCUUGGGGACAAUGGAAAGAGCACCUUCGCUCAGAGGCAGCUUGUGUGAGUCCAGAGAAAGCAGUUUCUGGAUCAGCAACUAGUUCCUGCUUACAGUUGGUGGGGAGGUGAAGGGCGUGCAGUGUGUGCGUGCUCGAGUGUGUGCACGCACACACCUUGCAUAUUGGACUGAUUGCUGUUUUUCCAAGCACAUGGAAAGCGGGAAUGUGACUACAGAAUCCAAGAUGUACGCAGCAUGAGCUAAUACUCUCUGUAUUCUUAGCACCAGCUGGGGCCUGAUGAGAACAUGGAUCUACUCUUAGGCUUAAGGAAGGGCAGACUUGGAAGCCCUGAAGGAGGGCACUGCCAGUACAAAGGAGAUGUGAAGCGCAUACACAGUUUAAAAUUUCCUAGCAGCCGUAGUGAAGCAGAGUUAAUUUUAAUAACAUAUACCGUUUAACCCAAUAUACUCAAAGGUUAUUUAAUGAGCUGUUUUACAUUCUUAAUUUGGAACCAGGCUUUUGGAAGCCAGUGUCUAUUUUUUCAUUCAUAGCACACUUCACCUCAUACUUGUGUCUUAUGUGCUCACACCACUUGUAGCUAUUAGUGCCUCACAGACAGCACAGGCUGAGGAGGAACUGUGAAGCCCACACGUGUUAGAAGGUGGAAAGUGGAACAGGAAAAGUUAGACCAUGUGCCUAGAGGGAAAAAGUCCUCUGAGGGGAAACAGCUUUCCCAGGGAAGGGCUGAUCCGGGUAAUGGGUAUCAGUGGUUUCCAGCUACCUGGGGGCUUCCUCCCCCACCACGGGUUUACAUUCCAGCUGUGUGAGAUGCUUCACUAGAUCUAAACAGGGAGAAACCAAAUCAGAUGAUGUUUACCUCGACUACUUCCUUCAUUUUUCCAACAGUAAGUGGGGAACUCCAUCCACCCACCCCACCUCUCAGGAAUGGGGCUGUCUGUACUCUCCAGAUGUUAAAAGCUGGAGUGAUGGCUACAGUCCUCUGCUUUGGGUAUGGCUAGAGACAAGAGAGACUCCUAACGGAGCCCCUGAUAGCCCUCUAGUACUGUGGUUCCUCGGGUUAAAUCAGAUGCUGUCUUCUAUGGUGCACCUGACCACUUACAGGAGGAAAUGCCUUCUGCAUAUCUGGAGUAAGGCAUUCAGGAAGAGGAGUCAGAAUGUGCAUUUUUAGAAGAGGUAGACUUUGAGUGUUGGUAACAUAAUGUCAGCCAUCUCAGCCUGACUGAGGGGAGGUGUCACACGAGAGUCACAAAAGGGGCUCUUGGGCUCACAGUUUUUGCCACCUGUGCAAGGCCCCAGUCUUCACUGGGUCUUAAAAUUCCCUCUUCUGUCCUCUCCUAGUCAAAAGUUAGUAAAAUCAAGAAGUGGGGUGUGAGCCAUUGGACCUUUGUGUGUUUAUACAAUGGCAUCUCCAUUCACAUUCAGUUCCCAGAUCCUCUUUGGAGCAGCACACUGUUUGCCAGGUGAUUGACUCCAGCCACAGCUUUGGCAGUUGGUUGAAAGAUGCUAGGUACUUUUAUAAGCUGUGGACACCAUCCUAAGCGUUGUCUACAUCUGACCUGAGGUCAUCAGGCCACUAACUGGAGUUUGGACUUUUUGUUUUUAAUGAGAACUUUUGUUUUUCAUGAGCUGUGACCCAGACCAGUCUUGGCACACUGAGGCCAGAGAAUCUCUCUUGAGGUUCCCUGCAACCUUGCUUUCCAAAAUCAGGCUGAGAACCAGAAGCAUCAGUACCAGCAGCCAGCAGUGGCCAGUGUCUGGCACAGCCCAGAUAGCAAAGUCCUACUGUGCUUCAGUAGGAUCCUGGGUGAUACCAACAUCCAGCAGGAUUUUAGACACAGUGCGUGUCAGCACCCUGACUACCUAAUGGAGAUGAUACCACCAUCUCUCAGACAGCCAUUUCUGCCGUUGGGACAGCACUUGCUUUAGAAUCAAGUCACGAUCUGUCAGUAUCCCCCAUACAAGGUGUCCAGAGUUAGCAUCAUUGUUCUGAAGCCCACAGAGCAGAUGCUUGGAAAUGCCCAUUUCUCUUCUCUGGUACAUGGAAGCCUUGGUCCAGAGGCAGGGCAGAUGGUAGGUGAAGCUCAAAGCCAGCUCCAGCCCCUGGCAAAGGCCAGUGGCUCCCAAGACAUCCAAGGAGCAUCAUGAAGGGCCCUCAGUUUUGUCUUCCCCUUCUCUGCUGCCAGGAUGGAGGCCAAGGGGGUGGGUUCGAGUGGUUGAGGCCAGGAGGGGUUUUAGAGAACUUGAAGGGGCUUCUCAAAACAAUCAGGGGGGCUGGAGAGCUGACUCAGCAGUUAAGAACACCAACUGCUCUUCCAG